CCCCCACAUAGCGCACUUUUAUUUGUUGUUUUUUUUUUUUUUCUCGUAGUGGUGGGGGAGGUGAUUGGGUGGCUGACUGGCUGCGGGAAGCUGCUUCCUUCCCCUUUGGAGAUGAUUGUGCUAUUAUUCGCCUUGCUCUGGAUGGUGGAAGGAGUCUCUUCCCAGCUUCACUACACGGUGCAGGAGGAGCAGGAACAUGGCACUUUCGUGGGGAAUAUCGCUGAAGACCUGGGCUUGGACAUUACAAAACUUUCAGCUCGCAGGUUUCAGACGGUGCCCAAUUCCCGGACCCCAUACUUGGACCUCAACCUGGAGACCGGGGUGUUGUACGUGAACGAGAAGAUAGACCGUGAGCAAAUCUGCAAGCAGAGCCCGUCCUGCGUCCUGCACCUGGAGGUAUUCCUGGAGAACCCCUUAGAACUGUUCCGGGUGGAGAUCGAAGUGCUGGACAUCAACGACAACCCCCCCUCCUUCCCAGAGCCGGACCUGACCGUGGAGAUCUCUGAGAGCGCCACGCCGGGCACCCGCUUCCCUUUGGAGAGUGCAUUCGACCCAGACGUGGGCACCAACUCCUUGCGCGACUAUGAGAUCACCCCCAACAGCUACUUCUCCCUGGACGUGCAGACCCAGGGGGAUGGCAACCGAUUCGCCGAGCUGGUGCUGGAAAAGCCGCUGGACCGAGAGCAGCAAGCGGUGCACCGCUACGUGCUGACCGCGGUGGACGGGGGAGGAGGGGGAGGAGGAGGUGAAGGAGGGGGAGGCGGCGGGGGAGGGGGCCUGCCCCCCCAGCAGCAACGCACCGGCACGGCCCUACUCACCAUCCGAGUGCUAGACUCCAACGACAAUGUGCCCGCCUUCGACCAACCCGUCUACACUGUGUCCCUACCGGAGAACUCGCCGCCGGGCACACUGGUGAUCCAGCUCAAUGCCACAGACCCAGACGAGGGCCAGAAUGGCGAGGUCGUGUACUCUUUCAGCAGCCACAUUUCGCCCCGGGCGCGGGAGCUCUUUGGACUCUCCCCGCGCACAGGCCGGCUGGAGGUGAGCGGCGAGCUGGACUACGAAGAGAGCCCGGUGUACCAAGUGUACGUGCAAGCCAAGGACCUGGGCCCCAACGCCGUGCCCGCACACUGCAAGGUGCUUGUGCGAGUGCUGGAUGCUAACGACAACGCGCCCGAGAUCAGCUUCAGCACCGUGAAGGAGGCGGUGAGCGAGGGCGCGGCGCCCGGCACAGUGGUGGCCCUGUUCAGCGUGACCGACCGCGACUCAGAGGAGAACGGGCAGGUGCAGUGCGAGCUGCUAGGGGAUGUGCCGUUCCGCCUCAAGUCUUCCUUCAAGAACUACUACACCAUCGUGACCGAGGCGCCCCUGGACCGAGAGGCGGGGGACUCCUACACCCUGACCGUGGUGGCACGGGACCGGGGUGAGCCGGCGCUCUCCACCAGUAAAUCGAUCCAGGUGCGAGUGUCAGAUGUGAACGACAACGCGCCGCGGUUCAACCAGCCGGUCUACGACGUCUAUGUGACUGAGAACAACGUGCCGGGCGCCUACAUCUACGCGGUGAGCGCCACCGACCGCGAUGAGGGCGCCAACGCCCAACUAGCCUACUCGAUCCUCGAGUGCCAGAUCCAGGGCAUGAGCGUCUUCACUUACGUGUCCAUCAACUCCGAGAACGGCUACUUGUACGCCCUACGCUCCUUCGACUACGAGCAGCUCAAGGACUUCAGCUUUCAGGUGGAAGCCCGGGAUGCCGGCAGUCCCCAGGCCCUGGCUGGCAACGCCACCGUCAACAUACUCAUCGUGGAUCAGAACGAUAACGCCCCUGCCAUCGUGGCGCCGCUACCAGGGCGCAAUGGGACGCCAGCGCGCGAGGUGCUGCCCCGCUCGGCGGAGCCCGGUUACCUGCUGACCCGUGUGGCCGCAGUGGACGCAGACGACGGCGAGAAUGCCCGGCUCACCUACAGCAUUGUGCGGGGCAACGAAAUGAACCUCUUCCGCAUGGACUGGCGCACCGGGGAGCUCCGCACAGCGCGCCGGGUGCCCGCCAAGCGCGACCCCCAGCGGCCUUACGAGCUGGUGAUCGAGGUGCGGGACCACGGGCAACCUCCUCUGUCCUCCACCGCCACCCUGAUGGUGCAGCUGGUGGAUGGCGCAGUCGAGCCCCAAGGCGGGGGCGGGGGCAGUGGCGGGGGGACAGGGGAGCACCAGCGCCCCAGCCGUUCUGGCGGCGGGGAGACCUCGCUGGACCUCACCCUCAUCCUCAUCAUCGCUCUGGGCUCGGUGUCCUUCAUUUUCCUGCUGGCCAUGAUCGUGCUGGCUGUGCGUUGUCAAAAAGAGAAGAAGCUCAACAUCUACACGUGUCUGGCCAGCGACUGCUGCCUCUGCUGCUGCUGCGGCGGCGGGGGCUCGACCUGCUGCGGCCGGCAAGCUCGGGCGCGCAAGAAGAAACUCAGCAAGUCUGAUAUCAUGCUGGUGCAGAGUUCCAAUGUACCCAGCAACCCGGCCCAAGUGCCGGUGGAGGAGUCCGGGGGCUUUAGCUCCCACCACCACAACCAGAAUUACUGCUACCAGGUCUGCCUGACCCCUGAGUCUGCCAAGACCGACCUGAUGUUCCUUAAGCCCUGCAGCCCUUCUCGUAGUACGGACACUGAGCACAACCCCUGCGGGGCCAUCGUCACCGGCUACACAGACCAGCAGCCCGACAUCAUCUCCAACGGAAGCAUUUUGUCCAACGAGACUAAACACCAGAGAGCAGAGCUCAGCUACCUAGUUGACAGACCUCGCCGAGUUAACAGUUCUGCAUUCCAGGAAGCGGACAUAGUGAGCUCUAAGGACAGUGGGCAUGGAGACAGUGAGCAGGGAGAUAGUGAUCACGAUGCCACCAACCGUGGCCAGUCAGCUGGUAUGGAUCUCUUCUCCAACUGCACCGAGGAAUGUAAAGCCUUGGGCCACUCGGACAGGUGCUGGAUGCCUUCUUUCGUCCCUUCUGAUGGGCGCCAGGCUGCUGAUUAUCGCAGCAAUCUGCACGUUCCCGGCAUGGACUCUGUUCCAGACACCGAGGUGUUUGAAACUCCAGAAGCCCAGCCUGGGGCGGAGCGAUCCUUCUCCACCUUCGGCAAAGAGAAGGCCCUUCACAGCACCUUGGAGAGGAAAGAGCUGGAUGGACUGCUGUCUAAUACACGAGCGCCUUACAAACCACCAUAUUUGAGAAGCCCAGCAAUGGAGUGACUGUGACAGAUAGAGACCAAGCACGGAAAAGGAUAUGCUAGUCAAUUCUACAGGACUUCCCUGAAGCAGCAUGAUUUGCACAAAGUCGACCAACAAAAGCAUCAACUUUUCAACUUCAUUAUCUUGGCCAUCCAGUUAGUUGUGUGUAACUGAGUAGUCGAUUGCCUCCCGCAGUCACCGUGGCCAAUUAGAGGACCUACUUGCUCUCAGCAGGCCUGAGAAAUGAGUUGAAAUGUGCAGAACUGUAGAAACUUUAGGCAACGGAUUUUGCCUCUCCGAUCAGUGUGUGCCUGUUUACAGCACUAUCUAUCUUACUCUCUCCAAAUGUCACUGAGCCCUUUCCAUGUUUCUAUUCACCACGAGAAGCCAGUCAUAAGGAUAAAGGAAGUUUGUGCAUUACAAAUGCAAUAUCACUGUUUUCGACUUGACUGUUUUAUAUUAUUUUUUGUGUGAUCAAGUGUUCCCCAAACUAUUCCAACUUUACCAGAGAGAUUGUGAUUAUGU